AAACUCUCGUGAAGUUCUUUGUUCCCCAUCUAGAAACAUCAGCAGCGUCUCAACAUGGCGAAUAAUAGCACAGGCUAAUAACGAGCUAGCGUCUCUCCCCCUCUCACCUGCCGUUAAAGUCCGAAGAAUAGUAUGCAGCAGCCUUUGAAAGUAUCCCAGAAAGAGUUUAAAUAAUGGAAACGCGGGGGAUUGAGCAGAUGUUCGACUUCCAGCGGUUACCAAAUGAUCGCUUCAUCCUGCUGUUGUUGUUGCUGUACUCCCCUGUCGGCGUGUGCUUGAUGCUACUGCGAAUAUUUAUUGGUGUCCAUGUGUUUCUAGUGAGUUGUGCACUACCUGACAGUAUUGUCAGAAGGUUCAUAGUGAGAAUAAUGUGUUCAGUGUUGGGUCUGCAUGUCCGGCAGAACAGUCCACACUUACGGGACAAAACCGGCCGACUUUACAUCUGCAAUCACGUUACACAUUUCGACCACAAUAUUAUCAACCUUCUUACCUCCUGUAACACG